CUCGCAUCCCGGGAGCCGGCAGAGCCAGGCCAGGAUGGAGAGGAGACGGGUCACCUCGGCUGCCCGCCGCUCCUUUGCUUCCUCCUCCGAGAUGGUGGUGGGGGGCCCGGCUCCCAGCCGCCGCUGGGGUCCCAGCACCCACUUCUCCCUGGCUCGCAUGCCACCCCCACUCCCGGCCCGGGUGGACUUCUCCUUGGCCGGGGCCCUCAACACCGGCUUCAAGGAGACACGGGCCAGCGAGCGGGCGGAGAUGAUGGAGCUCAAUGACCGCUUCGCCAGCUACAUCGAGAAGGUGCGCUUCCUGGAGCAGCAGAACAAGGCGCUGGCCGCGGAGCUGAACCAGCUGAGGGCCAAGGAGCCCACCAAGCUGGCCGACGUCUACCAGGCCGAGCUGCGGGAGCUGCGCCUGCGGCUCGAUCACCUCACCGCCAACAGCGCCCGGCUAGAGGCGGAGAGGGACAACCUGGCCCAGGACCUGGGCACCCUGCGGCAGAAGCUCCAGGAUGAAACCAACCUGAGGCUGGAGGCAGAGAACAACCUGGCCGCCUAUCGACAGGAGGCAGAUGAAGCCACCCUGGCCCGGCUGGAUCUGGAGAGGAAGAUUGAGUCUCUGGAGGAGGAAAUCCAGUUCUUGAGGAAGAUCCAUGAAGAGGAAGUGCGGGAGCUCCAGGGGCAGCUGGCCCGGCAGCAGGUCCACGUGGAGCUGGAUGUGGCCAAGCCAGACCUCACCGCGGCCCUGAGAGAGAUCCGCACCCAGUACGAGGCAGUGGCGUCCAGCAACAUGCAUGAGGCAGAGGAGUGGUACCGGUCCAAGUUUGCGGACCUGACAGACGCCGCUGCCCGCAACGCCGAGCUGCUCCGCCGGGCCAAGCAGGAGGCCAACGACUACCGGCACCAGCUGCAGGCUCUGACCUGCGACCUGGAGUCCCUGCGGGGCACGAACCAGUCCCUGGAGCGGCAGAUGCGGGAGCAGGAGGAGCGGCAGGCGCGGGAGGUGGCGAGUUACCAGGAGGCCCUGGCCCGGCUGGAGGAGGAGGGGCAGAGCCUCAAGGACGAGAUGGCCCGCCACCUGCAGGAGUACCAGGAUCUGCUCAACAUCAAGCUGGCCCUGGACAUGGAGAUCGCCACCUACAGGAAGCUGCUGGAGGGCGAGGAGAAUCGCAUCACCAUCCCGGUGCAGACCUUCUCCAACCUGCAGAUCCGAGGGGGCAAAGGCACCAGAGGAGGGGAAGGUCACACGGUCACAAGACACCUCAAAAGCCUCACAGUACAAGUUAUCCCAAUCCAGGCUCCCCCGCCUGUAGACGGGGCCCCGCCGGCUCUCGAAACCAGCCUGGACACCAAGUCCGUGUCCGAGGGCCAUCUCAAGAGGAACAUCGUGGUGAAGACGGUGGAGAUGCGGGAUGGAGAGGUCAUUAAGGAGUCCAAGCAGGAGCACAAGGACGUGAUGUGAGGCGGGAACCUUCUGGAGGCCCCUGUCCCACAUCGGGAGGGGGCUGCAGCAGUAAACAGGAUAGCUGCCCCUCCUCUGACAGCUGAUUUCCCCAGACCUGGGCUCCCACCCCCCCACUACGUCUCUCUGCCGGCUUUUGCUCUAGGCUCCAUCAGCAGUAGGCCCGCCAGACAGCACCCACCCCACUCCCAGCAUCUCCGUCUAAAAGGGCACUCACCCCAAAGGGGCAGCCUGGAGGGGCAUGGCCAGAAGCUCGGGUUAGAAUUGGAAGGGACGAGGGAGGUUGGGGAGGGCCUCGAGACCCAAUAAAUCACUCUCGGGAGCCCAAUCCCUGUUGUCAUGGCAACCGUUGUCAGCGCUGGAAGUCUCCGGGCCAUCUGGGAAGUGGGCCUUGGAGUUUCCCCGGGGCUGCCGGAGGAAGAUGGAGACUCUGAGACAGGAAGGGGAAGUCCUCCCAGGCAAGGCAGCCCUGGCCAGCAGCUCAUUCUUAAUCUAGACUGACCCUGGCCAGCCGGAUAGCAGGCGGGGUAUCCUGCCACCUGGCGUCCUCAGCAGACAGGAGGCCUGGCCUGCCCGGGUUCCAGAGAGAAGGAGGACUCAGUGUUGAUUCUAGUGUCUCAGCCUCACUGAGCUGCCGUGUGGGCAGGUGGGAGCCUGAUUCUCAGCACGAGGGGGUCUUAGGUUACGUAGAGAGGGCAGUGGUGCCGGGAAGGAGUCGAGGGGGCUGCUUGGCCCCUGGGUGUCAGUUCAUAGAGGUCAAGCCCGGGAGGACUUCCCCCAUAUAAUCCGGGGGAGGGAGGCCGGUAGAGAUGGAGGAGGUGGGAGGAGGAUGCUGGACACCAGAGUUGGGGUUGUGGAUGACCAGCUAACUUGGCCUCUGGGUGGUGGGGAUUAAGGAAGUAAUGCAUCCUCUGGAAGAUGCUGAAAUAAGAGAAAAGGGGGCUGUGGUCCACAGGGCGGGGCACACUUUGUCCGGGUCCUUUCUUGCUGCAUAAUCCCCGUCCACCCGAAGCCUCUGGGCCCCUGCCGCUGCCUCCCAACCCAGCAAACACAGCUGGGUGAGGCCAACGCACUCCGCCUGCCUGUCUGCGCCUCAGUGACCUGAUGCUUUUCCCUCAACUAAGGGCCCUACGGUCCCCUCUGACUCAAAUGCAAAAUGUACCCAGUAUUCUAGGCAGCACUGUAUUUUGUAAUUCAGGAAACGGAGGCACGAGCAGAGUGAAGACCCUGGUUUGGGUUGCUACAGCCUGGAGAGGGGACACACACUUCCACCCAGAGCGUCUGCUCUGCUUUCCACGGGAGGACUGGGGAGCAUGGGAUUGUGUGCGCCCAGAAAUGGGGCUGAGAGGACCCACUCCAGGGUCCCCCUCUUCCUCUAAGGCUAAUGGGCGGGAGAGAUGGGACUCUCUUUCCAAGGCUCGGUGCCCUUUCUCUGACUCCCUCCUGCCACCCACGCAUGCCUUUAGCUACUGAGCUAAAUAAAGCCAACUGCUGUGGCCUCCCUC